AUGCACUGGACCGCGGCGCGCGGCCAGCUGUCUGGUCCUCAACACUCGCAACACCCUGCACCGCAGGCAUCCACCCAUGCUAGCCAGAAGCAGCAGCAGCAGCAGCAGCAGCACUUGCAUCAGAAUGGGCCUCCGGGGCUGACCGCGGCCGGCAUGGGCGGCGGCAGUGCAGGGGUGAAUAUUUCUUCAGGUGCCUCCGCCGGCGCGUCUGCUGCUCGCGCAAACGUCAACAGCAACGCCUUUUAUAACUCCCGCUUUUCGCACCCGAUGGGCCCGCUACCGCCUGCUCAGAAUCAGCAGCAGCAGGUCUUUGCCGUUUCACAGCAGCCUCUUGGCGCGCAGCUGCAGCAGCAACAGCGCUCUCCUCGAUCACUGUCAGGUCCGACUCCCAAUAACGUCGCUGGUGGGAAUAUAAGCGGUCUAGAGACGAGCGCGACGCUCGCCGGGCGCGAGGCGCCGGCCAUCGCGGGAGCCAACUCCGCCGCCGCGCACACAAGCUCUGCCGCAGUCGGAGUGUUCUUAAGCGGUACUCGCACCAACUUCACCGACUUCGGAGCGGCAGCAGCGUACGGACUCGGUGCCGGUGGGGUCGGCUCGCCGAGCGGGCCCACCGCCAACGCUGGCAGCACCCUUGCGGAUGCAAAUGAUGAGGAGGUGAACCAGCUGUUACGCGAGCUAGAGUUCUCAGUGGACAGCCCGCACGCGUUGGCAGUGCUGCGAGACGCCGUGGACGCCAUCGAAGCACGUGCGCUGGCCAACUUUGACCCUCUGUCCCGAGACACGUUCCUGGAGCAGCGCAUCCGCGAUGUCCUGACGGAGCUGUCGCGAACGUCGAACGAGCGUUCCCUGCUGCUCGCCGUGAGUCUCAUAGAGGCGUUGAUCCCGAUCGCCUACACCAGCCCUCAUUCCAAGUACACACGCCUCUGCCGCAGUCUCUCGGUGCUGCGGCAGAGCGGGAAUGAGAAGGCCGCCAGGGAGGCGCAGCGGGUGUACAAGCUGCUGCUGGAGGCGGAUGCGCGCUACCCGGGGCCGGAGUCGCCGCUGAAGGCGUUUGUGCAGAAGGAACUCCGCGAAAACUGCGAGCAGGCGCUCCUGCAACUCCACGGCCGCGUGCAGCAGGCGAAAGCGGCCUUUCCGGCGCAGUUCUUUUCCAUCAUGUUGGGCUGCGCCGCCACUGCGGAAGUAAACCCGCGCUACAUCUCUGGCAAAACCCGUGCGCAGGCGAUUCAGCUCGGCACAAUGCUCACGGGCAGCCCCGAUCCGCUGCUCCGCAAAGCCGCUUACGAGUGCCUCGUCGCCAUCUUCCGAAACACGAGCAACAUGCGACCCAACGAGCUGGUUCUGGAGAGCCGCCGCCUCUGCGAUGAGUGCAUGCGGACACUGAACGCGAGUCAGCACAACGAGGGCCACGUUGUAUCGGCUCUGAAGGCGCUGCAUGCCCUCCUCAGCAGCCGCGGGCUCUUGGCGAUCGACAGACAGAUGAUACCGCAGCUGUGCGUGCUCGUCACGGAGCAGCACCGGGUGUCCAAGUCGCUACUGGUGCGCAGCGCAGUGUGCGACCUUGUGCCCAUCAUUGCGCCGGUCGACAUCGCGUCUAUGCCGCGCCGCACCACGUACUGCGCGAUCGUCAUGGAGCCAGUGAAGAACGUGCGCGAUGAGCGCUUCAAGGCGCACGAGCUGCAUAAUGUGGCUUCCUUUGUCCGCAGCGUCGGGUACCGCGUGCUUGACGCAACAAAUCGCACAAACUUGGAGUCGAUCCUGCACCGCUACAUCUCCCGUCCGGAGACGCAGGAGGCUUGCUGGUCCAUCAUGGCGGCCAUCUGCGCAUCCUCGAUGUCGGCCAGCGGAGGCGCGGCAUCGGUGGCACCCAUGGCCGGACGCCGUGUAGACUACGUCAGUACAUCUACCACACUCCCGAGCCCCACAGCGCAGAACACCCAUCAAGACCUCUCCUUGACGCCCUCCAUGGUUGAGGUGCGCAAGGCCUCGCAACACUCCAGCCGCGAAAACUUAGCAACCUCGCCGUCGGCGCUUCAGCGGCACUUCUCGUACCACCACGGUGACGAUAACGACGAUCAGGCCAGCGUUCCACUUGUCUCCGCUAGGACCGCCUCACAACGGUCCGGAGGCACGUGCUCCCUCAGCGCCUCCCCUACCUCGACGAACGCACCAGCCUUCAAUCUCUCCACCUUCAGCGCACACCACACUGUGACCAUCGACGACGUUGUCCUGCGCUGUCUGCCGUAUCUCGCCCACGCCAUCUUGACCGAGUCACUAGUAGACUCCCUCCGUGUAAUUCAAGUCUCGUGCCCGCAGCUGCGCGCUGAUGUGCAGACGGCUCUGGACAAGCUGGUGGAUAGCGUGCUGAAGGAGCCUUUCGCGCCGUCCGCGACGGCAGCGACCGUCACACUGCCCCAGUAUUUUUCCCAGCUGCCAAGCUCCACGGCGCAGCAGCAGCAGCAGCAGCAAACCCAAUCCCUUUACAGCCGUGACGGUGGCGAUGGGAGCGCAGGUGGGUUUUUGAGUGCGGCAAGGAACAGUGUCUCCCGCACCGCCGGGUCUCACCCGCUCAGCCCCGCUAGUGGCCCGGAGCCGGUCAUGACGCUAUCUCGUCCAGGGACAUGCAGCACGCCGAUCGGUGGCGGGCCGGUGGGGCGGCUCACACAGUACUUUCGGCCGAGCGAGAGCGUGGCAACGCACCGAGGUGAGGGCAGCACGAGCAGCCCGACCACGACCUCGCCGGUGGCAAUGCGCAACACCUCUGGCCAUUUACCCUCGGGGAACAACAGCUUCCUGGGCCCCGACAGCGCCUACACCGUCGGUGGCGGCGACUCGAACAGCGGAGCCCCGUACGGUGCUGGCGGACCACUUCGCUGCUCCCCGCUCUCCACAUCGAUGAGCACGCCCUUCAGUCCCGUGACGCACAUGGCGGCAGGCGGCAGCGGUGCAGGUAGCGGAAAUGCCGCAGCAGCUUCGCCGCCGGUGCUCAAGAACGACUUGACGGUGGCGCUGAAGGUGUUCACGGAGCGGCCCCUAACAUCGGUGCAGCACCUGCAUGAUCUUAAGAACUCGGUAAUUGCCUUCCAGCGUCACGAGGAUCCGCUCGUGCGGCAGCAGAGCAGCGAGACGAUCAUUUCGAGCUUGCGGCAGUGGAUAGCCUACGCGAAGGAGCACAAGACUUCAACCUACUCCACACGCGUGACAGAGAUAUUGGAGGCGUACAUGAAGAACGUCCUGAUGGAGGUCGACCGCCAGUGCGGACUGUACGAGAUUACGCUGCUGGCAAACGCCACGAGCCUGCGCGUCUUUUUAUCAGAGCAGCGCAUCCUGUCCUCGCUGCUGAGUUUCCUGAACAGCACAGCGCUGGUACGCGAGAAAACGGUGGAGCUGCUCGUCGCCAUCACGCAGGACUCCAAGCCCUCCCCUUCUGUCGUGGCGGUGCAGCAGAGCCUGUACGUCACUGUCGAAUCGUGUGUGGUGGUGCUCGAGUAUACGAACGACGUGAGCAUGCUCCUGCGCAGCAUGGCCGACCUGCAGACCUUUACCCGGCUGUGCAUCCGUCAGCUUAACAACCACCUCAGCCGCAUCUUCUACGCCUUUCGCAAGCGUCUUUUAGAAGUCAGCGUGCCGGACGUGGUGCUGCUUUCCAUUCUCAAGACACUCGAGAUCAUCCUGCAGGCACUGGCGAAGGACGAGAAAACCAUCUUGCAGCACCAGGACGACGUGCUAGAGCUCUACGACCCGGUUGUGGAGAUACUGAAGCAGUCGCCGUCGCCGACGCUGAGCCAUGCUGCCAUCAACGUUCUCGUGUACGUACACGAGAUGUGCAUCCCGAGCGCCUCGACGGAUCUGCGUAAGCAGCAGGAGCUGAUCACCGCGCUGACACACGUCUACACCAGCAGCACCUGCACUGUGAACGAAUCGCUGAGUAUGCUGACGCUGUUUGGCCAGCUCGGCGCCAUCGACCCCUCCGCACAGUCCGUUGCAACAACCGCAAAGAAGAAGGAGGAGGCUGUCAUCCAGGAUGAGGCUGACCUGGAGCUCACCUACGACUACACGGUGAUUGUAUACCGCACGCUGAGCCGCAUGUUGGACGCGUCACUCUCGGAUGCCGUCUGUUCUCAGGCCCUGCGCACCCUGCUCCAGUUCAUCCGCUUCACGCAAGACAAGAAGGACCUCGUCGGCGGCGUCCACGCCGUUCGGGCGGUGCUCCAGAUCACGAAGCGCGUGACAGAUAACCCGGCCCUGCGGGUGGAGGCGCUGCAUGUAUUGGCAGCCGUUACCGCCAUGCGGCAUGAGCGUAUUGUACGGCUCAUGUUGCCUGAAAUUGUGGUCCUGCUGGAGCAGCUGUGGACCCCGAAAGACCGCCCGCUCUUCCGCGCUGUCCUGGAGGUGGUGAGCGCGCUGAAGCCCGGCAAGCUGUCGGGCAAGGAGCAGUCGGAGUCGUGGGCGUGGCUGUAUCCGCGACUGGUGGACGUGGCGCUGCAGGACCGCACUGAGUCGCGCGAGUUCUGCCUCCGCGUUGUGGAGAUUGUGCUGAAUGCCAGCUACAUUCCGCCGCACUGCAUCCCCGUUGUGUUUCCGAUGCUACUUCAGUUCCUGCAGCAAUCAGAUCAGCUGGUGGAUGUGCGCAGCCAGUCCCUGUGCGCCGCCGUGCACAUCGUGUGCGAGCUGAAGGCGGUCCAGUUCUUCUCGUCGCUGCUGCACGGCAUCUGCACCCUCAUGCGGCACUGCGAGCUGAACGAAGAUCUCGGCCCGCGCCUCUCCACCCCAGGGGUUCGGGAGUCACUCAAGGUCUUGGCGGCGCUGCACCCCAGCGGCCGCAGCACGAUCAAGAUGCUGCGUGACCGCAUCGGCGAGGGGGAUGAGCGCAUGACGAACCCGACCGGGUCCCCCAUAUUCAACACCAUGGGCCUGCCAGCAGCUAGUGUCACGAGUUUCGCCAGCGGCGGGCAGGGUGGCGGAUUGGGAGUAGCGAAUCCAGCGAAUUCAGGGCUUGGUCCGCUAGUCAAUAUCGGCGGCUUUGGCGCCUCUGCCACUGGUGGCGGCGCAGCAGCAGCGGGCGGGGCGGCCGGUGGUGGGUCUUACCUGCGGCUCACAAACAUGUCGGAGACCUUUGCAGGGGCUGAGGAAGAGGACGUAGGGCUGAGCCUCAGCGCUGACACGGCAGGCCAGGAAGUCGACCUCUUCAUGAAGCAUGUGGAACUGGGCUUCCGUCUCAAGGAGAACAAGUUGCGCGAGUGGUUCGCCGAGUUCCAGAAGUACAUCAUUCUCAUCUCCCCGCACCCGGCGUUCCGCAUGAUGGUGGACCUGCUUGACAAGCAUGAACCCCUUCGCCGCGGACUCUUCUUGCCUUCGUUCAAGUGCCUUUACGAGUCCCUGUCGGCUGACCAAAUCAAGAAGCUGAACGAGAUGCUGACCCUCGUGCUGAACUGCUCUGAUCACGAGCUGUCGAGCAAGUGUCUCGGGCUCGCUGACUACCUCGACCAUAACGAGCCGAACGUGAAGCCGGAAGUGCUGGAGGUGGUGCGGGCGAUGCGGCGAGUCGACUGUCAUCGCGUCAGUCACCCCUCCGAGAACGGGUCGCUUCUUCUGCGCAGCACGGCGAGUAGCGCGAACAACGUCAUCUCUCUGCGCACCCGCAGCUCCACGUCAGCAGGGCUGCCAAAGGCGGGGUUCUCUACUUCCAGUGACGCUCCCAUGGAUGCGCUGCCCACGGCGAAGGUUCGCGGACGGAAGGCACCAGUUUUCCAGCGCAGCUCAAACAGCAGUGCCGGGGUAGCAGGCGAUGAGUCCGGAACGGCAGGUGCCGAAGCCAACAGUGGUGCCUCGACGGCACUUGCCAGCCCAAAAAACAGCGCAAACGGCCGCCGCAGCGCUUCUCACCGCGAUGUGGACAUGUCCGAGCUCACCUCCUUUGACGGCAACGAGAAUGACUCCACUGAGUCUGGACGGCAGCAGUCGCAGCCCAUCGGCUUGCCGAUGUCGCAGGCACCGGCUCAGGAAGAGGAGGCGGAGCGGCGCAGCUGCUCGCCCGUGGACACGCUCGAUGGGGCAGAGAGCGAGAGCAAGGCGGAGGACGUAGUGGCCCCUGUCAGCACCGACCAUCCGUCGGUUGAAGUGCUAGGCGCGGCGGGAGUGCAUGUCAUGGGAAGCUACAGGCCUCUUGUGAACUCCGUCGUGCGUCGUUGCGACUCGAACGCGCCGCAGCAGUCCGGGGUGACCAGCCAGUUUCACAUCAUCAGCACCGCUAGCACUCACAGUAACGACCUCAGCAGCGACACCCGUGACGGUGACCUGCCGCCGGCCGGGGCCCACAUCCCGGCGCAGCCAAACAUGCUCUUCUCGACCGAGGACAUCGUCCGCGCAGCAGAGAGAACCCGUAUGUACGACAAGGCGCUCAGCUAUCUGGAGAACCGUCUUCUGGCCAUGCUCAACCUCUACCGGUACACGAAGAUGCCACGGGAGGUGAUCCACAAGACGGUGUGGCCGCUGGCAUGGCUCUACAGCCAGCGUGAAAUGCAGGACUCCGUCGUAGGACUCUUCCGCGCUAUCCGCUACGAAGGCGGCGAGGACCAAGCAGGCUUCGGCUACGAGCUGCUCUGCUGGUGGAGCAAGGCACAGAACACGUACUCCAAGUCCAUCACGCAGCAGGCGAUGCGCGAUAUGACGGUGCCGCCGCACAUUCUUGAAGGCUACGUGCGCACCCUCACCCUGUGCGGUGAGUGGAGCCGGGCCUAUGACGUGGCCAUGAAGGUCUGUUCACGGCCGGAGGCGUACGUUUCCUCGACGGUCGCGCGCUGCGGUGCAACGGCCGCGUGGCUGCUCGGGCGGUGGGAUGACGUGCAACACCUCGCGGAGCGGCUCUCCAUGUCGGAGCAGCACACCACGGCACUCCGCCUCUUCUUUCUCAACGGCGUGGCGCUGAAGAGCGCCAUUACGGAGCACAGCAGCGCCGCCUACGAGAAUCUGCGACACAUGAUCACACAGUCGAAGCUCGUGAUUGACGAGAGCCUGCGCACUCUUCUCCCGCUCAGCUACACGCAUGCCUACGAGAGUCUGACAAUGCUGCAGCACUUCACGGAGAUGGAGGAGAUGAUCGACUACUGCCACUGCCGCUCUACCAAGGGUCGCCAGCAGAUUUACGAGCGGUGGAACAACCGGUUCCGCUCUCUGAAUCCGGAUUCCCUGCAGCCAAGCCUGCUCUCGCUGAUGCUGCACUCGCUCGUGCUCAGCACAGGCGAGAUGGCGGACAUGAUUCUGCACUUCUGUGAGACGCGGCAGGCGAGCCACCCGCAGCUGGCGGAGUGGGCCAUGAGCUGGCUUCGACACGGCUCCUUCAGCGGGCGCAGCAGCAACCUCUGUAGCCCGAGUGUGGCAUCACCGGCGUCACCAGGGCCCGUGGAGGGCAUCACGGUGACGACGCUGUCAUCAGCGGACAAGAAUCCAAAGGUGGCUGUCGGCUUCAUCACGCAUUUGUGGAGCCAAGGAAAGCGGCAG